GAUUCAACAGUGUGUGCAUGAGUAUUUACUUUGUACGUAUUUACCUAGACAAACAAUUUCGAAAUUACGGGACUGCGCUUGAUUAAAAAUAAUUAAAAAACUGUAGUUGUUACUGUGAUAACAAACAGAAGACAAAGAAAUAAUGAGGGUGAAGAAAGGAGCAAGAUAUGCAAUACUUGUUAUAAACGUUAUAAUAGCUCUGUUAGGUUUAUUGCUGUUCAGUUUCGGUAUUAUCUGGAUAGACUUUGAAGUAAAAUACGAAGCUGCUACCCAAAAGCCCUAUAUUUAUAUCGGGGCAAUUCUGAUAGCUAUCGGUUUGCUGUUAAGUGUUACGACGGCUCUUGCAUGCUACGCAGUUCUGACUAGAAACCAGUGGAUUCUGAACAUGAUUCUUUUUAUGUCUCUUCUUCUCUUCGUAAUAUACGUGGAUUACGGCACUGUCGCUUUUUUGUUAAAAAGUCCCACGUCCCAUUACAUGCAGGACUUCAGACACGAGCUACAGGAAAUGUUUAUUGAUCCUAAAGAAAACUGGGAGACAUUUUAUGACUAUCUUCAUCAGAAGUUUCAUUGUUGUGGUUAUAAUGGAUCUGACGAUUUUCAAAGAAUCCACAAUCGGACACAUCCGAAAAGUUGUUGCAGAGGAAAUACUACGUGUGAAAAACCGACAUAUACUAAAGGCUGCGUGGACCCUGUUGAAGAAUAUACCAGACAAAAUUUUAAAUUGUCGGGUUCUAUAUCCUUCACUAUUUCCGUUUUAAACAUUUUGUCUUUUGCUAUCAACUACGCAGUGAAGCCAAAAAAAGUGUCAUUGCCUGAAUAACACAAAGGAUUAAUUAAAGUAUUACAGGGAUUGUUUAUAUUUUUUUUAUACAUUUU